GUUGACAGCCUCACUGGGUGUCUGUGCUCCGCAAAUUUUCAGCUAGGGAGUCCCACCCUUUCUCCGCUCCAGCAAUCCUCCCCUGUGAUGCACUUCUUCUCUCAGACAUUCAAGUACGAUCAUCCAUGGUCCCAUGUCAUUAUUGGGAUGUGGCACAAAUAUCCAAACCCGCACUGCACUCAUGUUGUCACGAUCGAUGUCGUUGAUCGCUCUGUAGACCCUGAAACUGGCAUAGUGCGGACGGAACGGGUGCUUGGUUGCAAACAAAAAACACCAGCAUGGAUCGUCAAGCUCUUUGGGGGAUCAGAAGAUGCUUUCGUUCGAGAAGUAUCUUACAUCGACCCCACAGCGCAGACCGCAACCAUUACUUCGGUUAACUUGUCUCUCUCGCAAUUUGCAACAUGUCUGGAGCGGAUAGAGUAUAUGCCGACGUCACCACGCCAGACUUCCUUCUCACAAACAGCGGAAAUACAGGCAAGGGUGGCAAUGUGGCGAAGUAUGGCCGACAGAAUGGAGAGCUGGUUAGUGCAGCGGUUCGAACAAAAUGCCAGACUCGGCAAGGCUGGGUUUUCAGAUGUGCUGAGAGCAAUGUGGGAGGCAAAACAACACGAGGUAGCAUCAUAGAUUUCUUAUUUCCACCCAUAUUCGCCCCUCCUCACCUUAUAGAUUCUCUCCGAAGACUACCGUCGGACCUAUUACAAUAUUGGAUGC